ACUAUAGUUUUCAAAAGACUAAAAAACAAUUCAAAAAGUCACCAAAAUGCCUUGCCUUACUUUCCAUUAAAACAUUCCUCUCUCUCUCUCUCUCUGUGUGUUUUUAAAUAAUGAGAAACCCCACAUGAUCUCCUUUACAGCUAAGAACAACCCACCUCCCAUUAUUCCCCCCUGGUUUUUUUAAUUAGCAUUUGCUUACAUAAAUAUAUGUACAUAUAAACAGUUCAUUAAGACAUAAAUCAUUAGAAAAGCAACACUAAUUAUUUCAUGGUAAACUAAACUAGUAGAGAGAGUAAAAAUAGUUUUUUAAGUUAUAAAAUGAGUUCUCCAACUAUGUUCUCUGUUUCUUUUCUCUUUCUCUUCCUUAGUAGUGCUACUGCUACUACUACUCAUCAUCUUCGAAAGGACUACUACAAAGACUCAUGCCCAAAUGUGGAGUCAUUAGUUCGAGCUGCAGUUGAAGACAAGUUCCAACGGAUCUUCACAACAGCUCCAGCUACUCUUAGGCUCUUUUUCCAUGAUUGUUUCAUCAGGGGAUGUGAUGCUUCAAUAAUAUUGUUUUCGAGGAAUGGGACAGCAGAGAAGGACAACUCAGAUAAUCUUUCACUAGCUGGAGAUGGGUUUGACACUGUCAUCAAAGCAAAGGAGGCUGUUGAUAGAGUCCCUCACUGCAAGAAUAAAGUUUCUUGUGCUGACAUUUUGGCUUUGGCCACUAGAGAUGUUGUCAAAUUGACAGGGGGACCAUUUUAUGAAGUUGAACUGGGAAGACUUGAUGGGAGAAUCUCCACUAGAGCCAGUGUGCGUCACCAUCUGCCUCGACCAGAAUUCAGAGUUCACAAGCUCAAAACAAUGUUUGUCUCACAUGGUCUCAAUCUAUUCGACCUUGUUGCACUCUCAGGAGCACACACGAUUGGAUUCUCACAUUGCAGCAGAAUAAGCAAGAGGAUUUAUAGUUUCAAGAGCAAAAACAGAAUUGAUCCAACUCUUGACCUGCAAUAUGCAAAGGUGCUCCAAGAGCAGUGUCCAAGAAAUGCAGACCCUAGAGCUGUGACAGACAUGGAUCCAAACACACCGGAAAUCUUCGAUAACAUCUACUUCAAGAAUCUACAACAAGGGAAAGGCCUAUUCACCUCUGAUCAAACCUUGUUUACUGACAAAAAAGCAAGAAAAUUUGUCAACCUUUUUGCAUCCAAUUCUACUGCUUUUGAACAGGCCUUUGUGCUUGCCAUGACUAAGCUUGGACGCAUUGGUGUCAAGACUGGGAACCAAGGCGAAGUUAGGCGUAAUUGCGCUCUUGUUAACUAAAUACAUUUUCACUUUGAUUUUCUCAACCUUUUCUUUCUUUUUCUUUUACAAUAAGAUAUAGUAAUUUUUAGAUAUCCAUAUUCUGACCUCUUAUACAAACUGCUGAGACAGAAAUUGAAUAAUAAUAUAAUAGUGAAGCCUAUUGUUAUCA